GUGUGUCUUCCCUCACUGAUGUUCCUCUCCCCACAGACGCCUACGUCCCUCCUCAGUUGUUCUAUAACGGGAAGGUGGACUACUUCGACCUGCAGCGGCUGGGCGGGCUGCUGUCCCACCUGAAGAAAACCCUGAAAGACGAUUUGGCGAGUAAAGCAAACAUCAUCAUCGACCCCGCGGAGAUCCAGGCCACGUCCAUGGACGACCUGGACGAGGAUGACGAGAGCGGAGCUGCUCAGAGGCUGCCCGGGGCCGUGGCGAUGGGCGGAGCUCUGGCGAGGCCCAGCUGGUUGAGUUCUCCCACUUUGGGUCGGGCCAACCGCUUCUUGAGCACGGCCGCCGUCAGCCUGAUGACCCCCAGGCGACCCCUGAGUCAGCCGGAGAAGGUGAAGGUCCGAACGCUCGCCGUGGAGCAGCGCACCGAGGAGGACAGUGAGUACAGCUCGCUCUGCUACAGAACUCACUGGCAUCAGCUUCUCCUGCGUUUGAAAAUACGAAGCAGGUCUAUGUGCCGGUGCGUGGCGCCCCCUGCUGGCAGCAGGAGGUCAGGGAUUUCUUUUACAGGCGUGAUGAACAGCAACACAGGGAAUCCACAUUUGCUCGCUUUGCGUGGAGCUUUUAGGAAGUGAGACUCAGAAUUUAAUUGUGUGAGGUUCACCUAGGCGUCAACGUGACGAGCGAGUCACUUCCUCUGUGGAUGCAUGGCGUUAUUUUUGUGCUGC